GAUGUGUUUGAAGGACCAGAGUUUCCGGCUGGUGGUUGUCAGGACCAGCCUGGGAGUCCCGAGCGUGGCUUCUUUCAUGAUGUAAAUGUGAGGACGCCGUGCUGGGAGCUAAAUGUGAGGGCACUGGUCGCAGGAAGUCGUGAUGGUGCUUUACGAAGGACCGCGGCUCUUGGAUUUUGCAAAGGCCCCUGCUCACCUUCAGUUCAACAAAUAUGUCCUGACAGGUUACCGGCCGGUGUCCACAGCUGAAGAGUGCCUCAGGAGCCUCUUCUACAUGCACAAUGAGCUGGGGAACAUUUACACACAUGGGAUUCCUUUCUUCCUUUUCUUGGUGCUGCUGCCUUUUAGUAUCCCCUGGAAGGAGGUGGACAGCAUCUGGAUAUGCAUUGUCCACUACCUGGCCUGCCUCUCCCCCACCAUGGGCUCAGUGGUCUACCACUUGUUCAUGAACCAUGUAGGAGGAGAACAAGUCUAUGACACGCUGCUCUCCCUGGACAUGGUCGGAGUCUGUCUAGUUAAUACCCUCGGGGCACUUCCUAUCAUUUAUAUUACCCUCCUCUGCUACCCAGCUGUGCAACAGACUGCCUUGCUGGCCUACAUCCUCCUGUCAGCCUAUGGGAUCUACUGUGCCACCACCGCCCGCACUAAUGUCCGGCGUCUACGAGCGUUUGUCUGGCAGGCCAUGUUCCGUUUUAGCCUCUUCCUGUUUCGGGUUUACGGCAGCGGGGUGGGCAGCCCAAAUUCCCUGCGCCUCUUCGUCAUCAUGGAUUGUCUUGCUGUACUGGGAGGGCUGGUCAACAUCGUCCAGAUCCCUGAGCGAUUCAAGCCAGGACUGUUUGACAACUGGGGCAACAGUCACCAGAUAAUGCAUGUCAUGGUUAUUUGUUCAAUUAUCUACCUGCACUGGGGAACACUGGAAGAUUUGGCCUGGAUUAGGACCUACCAGUGUCCUGAGUGAUACCAAAUGCAGCUAGUUCAUGCAUGCUUGCAGUCAAGGCUAAACUUGAAUUUAGUAUUCAGUGAGGCAGGAGGGUAUGGAGGGCCAAAACUGCCAAAAGCAAAACUAAUAUUUUAUUUUUAUAUAUAUAUAUAUAUACCCAAAUUGCCAUUUAAAUGCCCCAAAAUGAAUACUAUAAAUGAAUAUAGCCAUUAAUAGGUUUAUUAAAUAAGAU